ACGGGUGCAGGUACCGUGGAGGGAGGAAUCGUGGGCCAAGAAUGGCGAAGCUGUUCCUCCGGACGAGGAUACACAUUCUUGUUGGUGUCCUGCCACGUCUCGACUCGUUUUGCAACCUAUAAUCCUUUCCUCCUCAAACUUCUGUCGGUUCCGGCUCGUAAGCGACGAUCUCUUGAGCUGUGCAAGGAUAACCUCGGGUUCGAAUGUAGACAUGCUUAUAGCAGACGGAAAACACAGCGUGCUGCGUGCAGCGGCUUGGUGAACUCGGCGACCGCGACACCAAGUCGCCGUCAUGUUUGUGCAAUACACAGCAGCCCUAUUCGCCGUCCAUUGACUCACAAGCAAGUUCGGAGAUACGUGUGGUCCCGAAGCGCAUCCGCGGCAGCACGGAACAUUCAGCAAGCUGAAUUGCUCGGAAGCACAAGUACUACAGUAUGCUAUAUGAAAGUUCCUUACAUUGAAUCAUUGUCAGAAUGCUAUAGGAGACAGAUGACAUCAGUGCUUUCAGCUGAGCGUGCAUUCUUAUGAGCCCCUAAUUAGUAGCCCUCCUCCCCGUCCAUUAUCAUCAUCGUGUUUGGCCAAUUUAUUCAAGUAUGGGCCUUGCUAAGCUUUGGGAUCUCCUGUCUUCACCGGACACUGAACAGUCACGGUGCAAGUUCAACAAGUAUGCAGUGGACGAGGGAUUUCAUACGGUCAAAACAGAUUCGGGAACCAAAUGCAAGCUGAUGCGUAUUGGUAUUGACGCCAGCUUCGGAGGCGGUUCAUAGUUCGCAUGUCAAUAGCGCUCGGGUUGGGCAAUGUGCAGACCUCAAGAUACUUGUGAAUAAACUCAGUGACCUCCUUCGUCUGCCCGUUCACCCCCUAUUUGUAUUCGAUGGGAUGGACCGACCAUCUGAGAAACGCGGCAAGCACGUUGAUGUGAAGCACAAGCACCACCUUGAGGAGGGCUUCAGAGAUUUUAUUCAAGUUUACGGGUUUAAUCAGCACACAGCGCCGGGUGAAGCUGAAGCUGAACUCGCUGCCAUGAGCUGCCAUAAUCUCUUAGAUGGCGUCCUCACAACGGAUAGUGAUGUCAUUCUUUUCGGUGCAAAGCAUGUCAUCCGAGAACUCCCGGAGAGUGACGGAAAUAAGAGAUCUCAUCAGGUCGAGAUCUUUACCGAAGAGUCUAUUCGCAAAAGUGGAUGGGACUGCCACCGCCUACUUCUCGUGGCAUUACUGUCUGGGGCAGAUUACGACAUGAGCGGUGUCCAGGGCUGUGGUAUAAAGGUAGCUUCACAACUGGCAAAGGGGGACCUUGGCGAGAAGCUGGUUCACGCGUUCACGGGCUGUCCAGCCCCACAAUUCUUACGGUUCUGUGUCGAGUGGAGAAAGGACCUUCGGGACAUGUUACGCGAGAAUGCCAAGGGCGCUCUCGCUCGUAAGCACGGCAACAUAGCAGACAAUGUGCCUAACACCUUCCCAUCACUCUCGGUCUUAGGAAACUACCUUUGUCCGGUCACAUCGCACUCGCUUUCUCUGGACACUCCUCGGGACAUUGGCGGGUUACGUUCUCCACAAUCUCUUCAGCCAGACGUGACAAAAUUAACAUCUCUCUUCAUACACUACUUCAACUGGACGCCAGCAAAAGUACAGAAAUAUAUUCACGACAAUAUCUGGGCGGGAAUUUACAUGCGAGCGAUAUUCCGUGUACGUCAUAACAUUGUAUUCAGAAUUUGGGACUCACAGGAACGGUGUUAG